AGAACCCAACUUGGGCCCCCCCCUGCUAUUACUUAACACUUACUAUUCCCUCUUCCCUUGUCUUACAAUCUCUCUCUCUCCUCUCUUUUGUGUAAACAAAGAACCGAUCUUUAGAUGAUUUUGGUAACUCUUCUUUAGCUCUCUGCAACCCCUCGAAUGAUCGCCUUGUUCCUGUGAAAGCUUUGCUUCAUUAGUUGAAUGGAUCCUGUACCUGUCCGAUGUCUUCUUAACAGCAUAUCUCGUUAUCUUCAUCUGGUAGCAUGCCAGACUAUAAGAUAUAACCCCAUCCAAACACGUAUUGGAAACGUGGUUCACUUGUUGAACCUCUUGAAACCGUUUCUAGAUGAAGUUGUUGAUUGCAAAACACCUCCUGAUGAUGACUGCUUAAACAGCGCGUGCGAAGACCUAGACUCCGUUGUGAACCAGGCUCGUGAGUUCUUAGAAGACUGUUCCCCAAAGUUGAGCAAGCUCUUUGGUGUGUUUCACUGUGAGCUUUUGUUGGAAAAAGUCCAGACUUGUUCACUGAAGAUUACUGGCAUACUUCUUCAGUUAUCACAGGCAAGUUCAAGUGUACAAGGUGUUGAGCGGUGUAUGGAGGAGAUUGAGUGUUUUAAGCAAGAGAGGACAUUAACCGAACACAUUAACAAUGCUUUACGGAAUCAGACAGAUGAUAAUGAUGAUCUUGACAGCAUUAUUCAAAUGAUUGGGUUGGUAUCAAACCAGGACCUCUUAAAGGAAAGCAUUGCUGUGGAGAAGGAGCAGAUGGACCAACUGAUAGAUCUCGUCUCUUGCAUCCGUGAACACAUGCUCAAGACCGAGUUUCUUGAAGUGGCUAAAGGUGUCUCAACACCUCCUUACUUCCGGUGUCCUUUGUCUACAGAACUCAUGGUUGAUCCGGUGAUAGUAGCUUCAGGACAGACAUUCGACAGAACAUCUAUCAAGGAAUGGCUUGACAACGGGUUAGCUGUUUGUCCCAGGACGAGGCAGGUGCUCUCUCAUCAAGAACUCAUUCCAAACUACACAGUUAAGGCUAUGAUUGAGAGUUGGUUGGAGGCAAACAAUAUCACCCUUGCUGUUAACUCCGGUGCUGAUGCUUCAUCCAUAGCUAAUAACAUGGGUUCUAAUGACUUCAACCGCACAGAGAGCUUUCGUUUCUCUUUAAGAAGCAGUAGUUUUACCUCAAGAUCAUCUGUUGAAGCUGGAAAUGGGUUUGAGAAAGUGAAGAUCAACGUGCCUGCUAGUGUAAGCAAGGACUUUGAGAUCUUUGAACUUUCUUCUCAGGAGCAGUCUUAUACUCAUAGCAGGAGUGAAUCAGUUUGCAGUGUUGUCUCUUCGGUUGAUUACGUUCCUUCCUUGACAAGUGAGACACAAAGCUUACCGAUGAACCAACAAAGCUAUAGUGAAGCGAGUACUAACGAGUGUUCUGUACAAACAAUGAUGACUUCACAUACCAUAAAGUUGGUAGAAGAUCUUAAAACCGGAUCUAACAAAGAGAAGACUGCUGCUGCUGCUGAGAUACGUCGUCUGACCAUCAACAGCGUUGAGAAUCGUGUCCACAUUGGGCGUUGCGGUGCCAUCACUCCACUGCUUUCACUUCUAUACUCGGAAGAGAAGCUAACGCAAGAACAAGCAGUCACAGCUCUCCUGAAUCUUUCCAUUAGUGAAGUAAACAAAGCCAUGAUUGUGGAAGCUGGAGCUAUAGAGCCGCUUGUUCACGUUCUGAACACAGGAAACGACAGAACCAAAGAGAACUCAGCAGCUACAUUGUUCAGUCUUUCUGUUGUCCAAGUCAACAGGGAGAGAAUAGGGCAGUGUAACGCGGCGAUACAUGCUCUGGUGAGUCUUCUUGGGAAGGGAACGUUGAGAGGGAAGAAAGACGCUGCUUCUGCUUUGUUCAAUCUCUCUAUAACUCAUGAGAACAAGGCUCGGAUCGUGCAAGCUAAGGCGGUUAAGUAUCUUGUGGAGAUGUUGGAUCCGGGUUUGGAGAUGGUUGAUAAAGCGGUUGCUCUUCUUGCGAAUCUUUCUGGAGUUGGGGAAGGGCGUCAAGAGAUUGUUAGGGGAGGUGGGGUUCCGUUGCUUGUUGAAACUGUUGAUUCAGGGUCUGGGAGAGGGAAAGAGAAUGCAGCUUCUGUGCUGCUUCAGUUGUGUUUGAAUAGUCCUAAGUUUUGCACUUUGGUUUUGCAAGAAGGUGCUAUACCUCCGCUUGUUGCCUUGUCUCAGUCUGGUACACAGAGAGCGAAAGAGAAGGCACAGCAACUACUAAGCCACUUCAGGAACCAGCGUGGUGCAAGGAUGAAGAAAGGUAGAUCAUGAUCAUCAAGAAACGGAGCUGCAUUGUUCCAUUUGGACAUUCCCCUUGGGAGAUUUGUUUUGUUAAGCUAGUAGAAACUUUUACUCUUUUCUUUUUGUCAGGAAGAUAGCUGGAGAAUAGUGUCUUUCUCUUAUCUUUCCUGCUUGUAUUGGGUUCUUGUUAUGUGUGUGUGUAUUAAUGCUGGUGUUUAGUAGUUACAUAUGUGUGCAACUUGUGAGAUUCGAGUAUAUAAGAAAUGAAGUUUUUA